GAGGGGUGUGUGUGUGUGACCGUGUGUGUGUGUGUGUGUACUUUGGUUGGAGUCUUGGAGUCUCCUGCCUUUUACUACGAGCUGAACCGCCAUCAAUGAAGGAGCAGCGUCCGCCGCCGCCGCCGCAGCAGGUCGGAGGAGCCUUCCCCAGCGAGUCCACACCUUUCCCAGAGGUCGUUGACCUCUGAGGGAGGACCCGCCCGGACCGGCCGCUCUCGGCCGAUGACGCCGACGUCUCAGGUGUCAGAUGAGCUCUUUGAUCCAGUGAGGAGAUGGCCUGGGCGCUCAGACUCUGCGUAGGAUUAGUCACCGCGCUGGCCGUAUGGAGACACUGCUGCGUAGCGGAGGGGAACACCACCCAGCCCGCCAGCACAGCUGGGACCCGCUGUCAUCGCCAUGGCGACGCAGACAACUGCACAGACGCCCCAGACCCGGGAUGGACCGGCCACUUCUCCCAGUGUCCUGACCAUCUGCGGUACUACUGCGUCCACGGGGAGUGUCGCUACAUUCAGGAGCAGAACGCGCCGUCCUGCAGGUGUGACUUCGAUUACGAAGGCCACAGGUGUGAAUUUUUACGACUCCCACUUGGACCAGAGAAGCAACAGAUCAUCAUCAUCUGCACCGUCAUCGGACUCCUGCUUUUAAUCCUCAUCAUCGUUUUCAUCUGCCUGUCUCCACGUCGUAGGUGGAGGAUGUGCUGGCGGAGGGGAAGGCGGAGGGAGGAACCCAGGAACGGCACGGAGAAGCUCAGUAUGAUGGACGGCGCCGCUGAGACACACAUCGCCUUAAAAACCCUGGACUCCAGAGAGCCGGUGCCACACGAAGACACCAACGCUGAUGCCGACGCCGACGCCAACGGCGAAGCCGUGUGAGGGCUGGGUGCACGUAUGUGCACACAUCCACGAGUGCAGGGCCUGUUCCUGCAGAGGGGCGCCACUGCCUGAUGGCGUUAGGACGAACUGCAGCCUUCCUCCUGAAGGUGGAGUGGGAAGCUGCUGGUCUGCAGCAGGACUGGUUUCCUUCCGGAGCUCCGGCGCCGCUCUGCACCGCCUGACUGAGCCGAGGCUGUGUCGCAGAACGCCGUGACCCCGGCUGGCCACACUGACCUUUGUGGGCGGGGCCGGACACUGUGCCUACAGCUUCAGUGGUGUAAAUAAACCCCUCGAUGGAAAGAGGCAUGCAGGCGUGCACGUGCUCGUGCACGUGCCAGCAGCUGCAGCUGGAGCUUUGUGCAUCAUUUGUCCUGCUAAUUCAUCUUUCAAGUCAUUUCUCCUGGAGUUUCAUGACAGCGCUUCAGCCAGAACCGAAUCAGCUUCAGAUUGUCGUUUUAGAAAACAUUCGCAUUCGCAAGCCCUGAAAAUGAUGUCCGUUGUCAUGGAGACGGUCACCCGAACACAACAAGAGCUUCAUGUUCUGACUGGAAAUCGCUGCGUGUGAAUGUUCCCCGAAUCAGCGCCACAAAAAUCAGAAAUGCUCCAGAAUAUUGUUCCUCGCCUGCGUUAGCAAUUCAAGAGAAGCCUGACA